UCAUCAAUCCUGCCAUCACACACGGUUGCAUCGUUCCAGGCUAAUCUUCCUCGUGCGACAAUUCCGAACUGUUGACGGAAUUCUUCUUCCUGGCUGCGCAGCGCUUCGCCAUACCCGAUUAGGCUGCAGUGGACAUCAGCCAGCCAGCCAAUCACUGCGUCGAAUGGCCAUGCAAAAUGGAUCACAUGAAUUGGUCCAGCCUCCCCCUCAUUCCCUCAAUAUCAUCAGAUAUCAGAUUCAACUGUCAACAGUAGAGAGUAACCGUUUAACAUACACCACAUGCUCCGCGCCAUGAUUAACGGGGUCUUCAAAUCCUCCGCCCAACAUGACCACCCACAAGAUGCACACCCGCCAACCGUGCAGAUGGCAAUCGACAUCCAAAACCACACCAUGUGCGCCUCCACAAAAGCAUAUAUAGCAGGCAAAAUCCAUCCAACAAUACUGCUAAAGCCAUGGUCUCGCAUUAUCGUCAAGGGAAACUACAAAAGAACCGGGCCCAAUACGCACAUUUCCCCGACGGAGAUGGACAAGCGCUGCAAUCGGCACAGACCAACCGCCACCGUUGUCGACGAUGAAACGCUGGAGAUUAAUUGUUUCCCUGGGCGAGAUUACGUGCGACAUUAUGCGAUGCUGAUCGCGAGUCAUCUGGGGGAUGGAAGUGGGACGGUUGUUGAGUAUGUCCUGCCGGAGAGAGAGGAGUGUUUGGAUGUUUUUAUCAAGUCGAACCUGCAGGCUAUGGGGCGUGUGCAUACGGUGGUAGUCGGGUCGAUUGAGGAUUUCGUUUCUGAUGAAUCCGGAUGGGAGAGUGGAAGUGACGAUGGUCAAAUCUUUGCAUGGCGGAAAAUGCAGAAUAAAGAUGGAACAAGCAUUGCAUUUCUCGCAUGUGUCGUCAGUCUAUGGGGGGAUAUCACCGAGUAUCUUGUCCGGGCUUUACACUCGCUGAAUCAUGUAUCUCGGAUCAUAUAUAUCGGCAAGGCAGGCUCAUUACACCCUCGAGAUAAACCAAACCACGUAAUCGUCACCGGAGACGAGACAUGGUUCGACAAGGAACUCAUACAAUGGGACAAUGCCAUCACCAUUCCCACAUCCGGUCUCACCACGACAGCUAUAUCGGGAAACAGCGUGACAGUCUCAUCACCACUCGUCGAAUCCCGGGAAUGGCUGCUGAACUGGGGCGAAAAGGCAGAUUGGGUCGACUGUGAGGUCGGGAAUAUGAUACGCGUUUGUCGGGAGUUGCAUAUUUCAUUCGGAUAUCUGCAUGUCAUAUCAGACAAUCUGGCCUCGUGGGAUUCGCAGAAUCUGGCGACGGAGGAUGGAGAUGAGGUGGUGGCUUGUCGGAGGAGGUUACUGGGGGAUAUGUGGUAUAUUCUAAAAGAGAAUCUUCGAUUAGACGAUGGAUCAUCAUUGCAUAUAGACUGAUGUAUAGUAGUGAUAGAAUAGAUUGCAUAUUGAUAUAUCUACAGAAUCCCAUUCAUAGGGUGGAGCAACAUCAUACCUCGACAACUUUAUCUAGGACUGGCCAACAACCUUCCAGUAUGCAUUUACAACCUUGCCAGUAUCUCCUAAGAAGGCUGGAAAGCUUGGUACUCGCCAUAUUAUCUGUAUUAUAGAUUAAGAUAGAGUUGAGAAGCCAAAUAAUUGAAUAGCAUCAACA